UAGAAUCCACUCCUAAACAAAAACCAGUUAAAAGAGCACGAAAUCCUUUCAGAAUUGAUAAUCUUGCACCAUAUAAUAUAGCUGAUGAUAUCCUAUCAAAGCAAUCUUCUGCGAUCCUGAAACAAUGGUUACAAAUACCAGCCUAA